GUAAAGGAAUAUCUACGUCGGUCAUUUGACUUGAGUCGGCUUCAUAAAAUCCAGAAGCGACUGUGGUUAGCAGGGCUCCCUCUUCCGGCUCGGUCUCUACACAGACAAAAGAUGCUAGGGCGAGAUAUUGUGAUAACAGAGCAAUCGGACCUGCAUCUCACUUGGCGAGAGUCGACCAUGUUUCUGAAACCGCUCUGGAAGCCACUACUCGACUACGACUUCUGGAGAACGGAACUCUGCAAUGGAGAUCUUCAGAUCUACAAGAGUGCGGCUGGCCUGGUCCUAUCCUAUGUAUGGCUCAUCACCUCUAAAUCCGAUCUACAGAUUGCAAAGGAUCACAAACUAGUACCAAAGAGGUUGAAAUGGAAGACGUGGGCGAGGUUUGCACGGAGCUUUCUUGAAAGCAACAGCAUGAUCGGUCUCGACACACAGGUCGCCAAGCGCUACGAAUAUGGCGAACUACGGAUACACCGCCUCAAUAUGAUCUACCGUUUUGCCCCAGAGAUGUUUCCCCGGCAUCUGUUUCGGGGCUACUUGUACGGUUACAACCAGUACAGCGCGUUUUUCGGGCGAAACUUCGCCUGGGCAGCCGUGGCCGUGUUGUAUAUCGGCCUGCUCCUGACCGCAAUGCAGACUGCGCUGGCAGUCAACCCGACCAAAGAGAAUACACAUUUCCAGCAGGCCGUGUAUGGAUUCUCAGUGUUCUCGAUGGUUUCAGUGUUGUUCUUGUCGGUACUGGCGUUGGGAUACUUUGUAUUUGCAUUUAUGAUAAAUCUU